GUAGCUGUCAGUAGGAAAUGCAGGGUGUUCGUGUCGGCUGAUCCCCCGCGGGUGUGCUUGGACAUCCGAUCACAGAAAGUCGGACUAGUACAAAAUGAAAACUAUCACUUAGAUACUUGUUUGACUUUGGUGAGAAUGCUUGGACCAAGUGCGCAUGUGUAACCGAGAUACCGCGGCAUCCUCCAGCUAGCUAGCACGGCUAACAGAAACAGAACACUGGCAGUGCUAAUGCUAAUAGUUAAAUAAGCUAACUUAGCUAGCUGUUAACUUAGCUAGCUAGCUCACGGAUUGCGGGACGUUUGUUCUCCCAGCUUCUUCCCCAGUUCAGCGAUUCCUGCCCUGGUGUCGCCUUUUCGUGUUCUCAUUAAAAGGAGGAGGUUUCGGAACCGGAGCUGUGGCGGGGGGACGAGACGACAGGAACCCCCUGGCUGGUUAUCCAGGCGGACCGAUCGCAGUGACACGCCGGUGUGGGAGAGAGUGGAACCAUGGCUGAACUCUCCACCUUAUCCCCAUCCCCACCUGCUUUGGGUGAUCCUCAUGCAGCGCCAUCCAUCCCUCCGUCAUCACCAGGGCUUCCUCCUCCUAAUAGCAGUGCUACAGAGUCUCCCAGGGAGAUGUCCAUACCUAAGUCUUCCCUUUUUAAUGACACAGCUUUGAGUGGAAAAACAUCUACAGCACUGUCAGGGGGGUCACCCUUGUGUCCCCACCCAUCAUCAAAUCCUCUCAGCCUCACUGCUGAGACCCCCCUUCCAUCAUUGGUACAGCAGCCUGCUCCAGGAAAUGAAGAAUCAGCAGGGAAUGAUACAGAGACAAAGACUAAAAAUCCCUCUGCUGUGGAGAUCUUGAAAACUGAAACUGAGAUGCCAAAAAUGAUGAGUGAGCCACCAGCUCCAAGCGAAGUGGUACAGGCAUCCCCCUCUCCUGAUCUAAAUCCUGGUCCUAAUCUGUACCCCAAUGUGCACAUCACCUGUAACCCAAAUCCUGUCAUAGACGAAGGUCAACUUAAAGCGGGCCAACCCCAGACAACUGCAUGUCCCAAUCCCGCACCUGCGCCUUUGGUCUCAUCAUCAUCUGUGGCUGAGGAGGAAAAACCCCAGACAUUCCAAGGUGCACAAAAUGCUCCAAGCAAGCCUCCACCUCUGUCCCCAAAGCCUGGCACUCCCAGUGAAGCCAGGAAGGGAGAGCUGCCUUCUACCCCUACCAGAGUUGAACCCCACAGCCCAACAGUCCCACUCAUCCAAGAGCCACCUUUGCCCUUCUCUCUACCCAACCCCAACCGCCGGCCGGCCCCAGACACCCUCAGUUACCUUGAGUCAGCUAGCCUGAUGUCGGGAACUUUGGAGUCUCUGUCUGGACUGGGAGAAGAUGGCAGCUCUGUGGGCUCAGAUUCGGAGAUUAAUGGCCUGACUGUGAGACGCACUGACAAGUAUGGCUUCCUAGGUGGGAGUCAGUACAGUGAAGGGAGUGAAAAGGAAGGAGUUGAAGUUGCACGACAGCGGGAGAUGAAAUGGAUUGAGAUGUUCUGCCACUGGGAUAAGUGGAUCAAACAUCGCUUCCAGAAGGUGAAGCUGCGCUGUAGGAAAGGGAUUCCAUCUUCUCUCAGAGCAAAAGCCUGGCAACUGCUGUCCAACAGUGAAGAGCUUCUAAAAAACAACCCUGGGAAAUUUGAGGAGCUGGAGAGAGAGCAGGGAGAGGCAAAAUGGUUGGACAUUAUAGAGAAGGAUCUUCACAGGCAGUUCCCCUUUCAUGAGAUGUUUGCUGCUCGUGGUGGCCACGGACAACAGGAUCUGUACAGAAUCCUGAAGGCCUACACCAUCUACCGGCCUGAUGAGGGUUACUGCCAGGCCCAGGCUCCGGUGGCUGCAGUGCUGCUCAUGCAUAUGCCUGCUGAGCAAGCCUUUUGGUGCCUCGUCCAAAUAUGUGAGAAGUAUCUUCCUGGCUACUACAGUGCAGGGCUGGAAGCAAUUCAGCUUGAUGGCGAGAUCUUCUUCUCUCUGUUGCGGCGUACAUGUCCGAUGGCAUACCGUCAUCUUAAGAAGUUCAAGAUUGACCCAAUUCUCUACAUGACUGAGUGGUUCAUGUGUAUCUUCUCACGCACCUUACCAUGGGCCUGUGUCCUGCGUGUAUGGGACAUGUUCUUUUGUGAAGGAGUGAAGAUAGUCUUCCGUGUUGGCCUGGUGCUACUGAAACAGAUGCUUGGCUCUGUGGAUAAACUUCGGGAACUCCAAGGCAUGUAUGAGACCAUGGAGCGUCUAAGAAACAUUUCACCUGACACUAUCAGAGAGGACAUAUUGGUUCAAGAGAUUGUCUCUCUCCCAGUGACUGAAGCGCUUAUAGAGAGGGAGUGCAACAUCCAGGUGAGGAAGUGGAAGGAGUCCAGAGGGGAGCUUACACACCAGCCAGGACGCCGCCUCCACGGUACAAGAGCCAUCUUCGAGCACAAACGCAGAGCUGCUUCCAUCAGCUCCGGCGGAAGCUUCUCUUUCUUAGGAAGCCCAGUCCCACCACCAGGACCCCUCAGGGCGUCUUCCAGUCUGCUUUCACUCCCUGGUUUCCGCAAGUCCAAGGCUCCUUUCCACUCCCACAAAAAGGGCUCCUUCUCAGGGCCUUCAGGAUUUGAGGGCCUACCACCUCUGUCGCCAACUGGAGUAACACCAAGCUCAAACCGAGGACCCAGCCAGAAACCACCUAUGCCCCCAGGGGCAGGUCAGAAGGCAACACCACAGAGUCCCUUAGUCACAAGUGUGGCUAGUUCAUCCCAUGGGCCUGCUCAAGCCUUAGAGGGCUCCUCAGCACAGGGCCAACCUGCUUCUCCUGCCCCAACGCAAAGCACACUGCAAGCCCCUGCUGCUCUGUCCCCCUCUCCUAAGAUCGUCUCGGAGCAAAUUACACCCACUAUCCCCUCUCCUACUGCAAACAAUGCCCCUCUGCCACCAUGCCCAGAUUCAAAAAAAGAAGCAGCACCAUCAGCUGACGCCACAAAUGUGGAGGAAGAAGGAAAGAAGAAGAAGAAAAGCAAAGAAGACAAGAAGAAGGAGAAGGAUGAUGAGAAGAAAAAACUGAAGGAAAAGAAGGAAAAGGAAAAGGCUGAAAAAGAGAGGCUCAAAAAGAAGGAGAAGCUAGAAAAAGACAAGAAGAAAGGGGGAAAGAAAAAGGACAAAGGAGGAGGAGAGGCAGAGGACAAAAAUGGAGCUACAGCAGCGAAAGAGUCAGCCUAAUUUUCCACCUCGUCAUUCCAGAGUAACAAAAAGGGAGGCUGAGCAAAAAAAAAAAAAAAGAGGUCAGGGGAACAAAAGAUUCCCAGAAACCCUAAUUGGUUUUAAAAAUGGGAUGGCUUCCUAUAUAAUGCAUCAUUUUGAAGACUUAAAGUAGUCCAAAGACUAUGUUGGAGAAAACUGGAUCGUGGUUUUAACAGCACCUCGGGGCACUUUUUUGCCUUCCGCUCAAUGCUUCUUUUUAGUGAAAUGGGACAAAAUUUCCUUUUUUCAACUGGAGCACGGGCUGUGAAUCUGAAUUUUUUUUUCUCAGAAGCUUACAGUCACUUUCUGUUUUAGUUUUUUAAAAUUCUGUUUUUUUUCUUUUUUCUUUUAAUUUGAAUUAGACUGAUGGCAGUGGUAUGAGGAAAAAUCGGCCCAAAUGCUUACAGAAGUUGUUAACGGUGCCAUAGAGGAUGUAAAUAAAGUCUAUCUGCAAUACAUAGGCUCGUGUUAACACUCCAUAUGCCCUGUCACUUCUCAUCUGAGGAAGGGAUAUCUGGGAGAAAAAGAAAAUUAACCAUUUGAAGUCAUCUCAAACGCAGGCACUGAAGACAGAAUGCUAGUAAUAUUGUUGAGGAUGUAUUUAUUGUCAUGUUAACUGUUGUCUGUGCCUUAGUAGUAUAGUGAAAUGUGUUAAUGUGCUAUGUGUGGCCUCCCUUUUUUUUGUUUGAGUCAAAUAAGCAUGGAAUCCCUUCUGUGUUUUCAAACUUGAUUAGAUAAAAAAAAGAGGGAGAAGAUUUAAAAUCGAGGAAGAAACAGUACUUUGUAGUGAUGGCAGUGUUUUAAUGGGUCACUUUUUUGUUCUUUUUUGGAGAAGCAGGUUUUAGUUUAAAUUUCAUGGUUGGUUUUUGCAGUGGGGGAAAAAAAGAAAAUAGGAAAAGUAGGCACAACAUUAUCAGUACACUGCUUGUGUAUCUGUGCACAAAUCCUGCAGACCAAAUGUCCUUCUCAAAGUUUAGUAUUAUCUUAAUUUCAAUGAACAAAAUUGUACGUGCAGCCAAAUUUUAGUAUGAAUGUGAUUUCAAGUUUCAUAAGUGACUGAAGAAUUUUAUUUUUUGAACUUGUGAUUUUUGUCACAAAACACUGCUGAAGUUGACCACUUCGUUAGUGUGAUCACAUGGAAAACACGCAUCUCAGCAGGCAGGUUUCAGCCUAGAGGACCUAUAGGAAGCCACUUUACUGGAGGUGCCAGGUGUGCCAAUGUAGCAUUAACCUCUGAUCUUUGACCUUUGGGCUCUGAUGUAUUUAUGUACAAAGUGGUUAAUUUAAUCAAAUAUAGUAUAUUAUGAAUUAUUAUUAUUAUUUUGGGUCUGACUAUUUUUCUAUCUAAGAGAUACCUGGUUGACUGGAAUGAAGGCUGACUGCACAGCGUAGUUGCAGGAGGAUUGUUUAAAGUCUUCUAUUUUUAUUUUGCUCUUCUUUUUUUUUUUUUUUGCACAUUAAGUCUUCAGCUUUUACUCAGCAAACUCGAUGCAUGUCUUUGGUUUACUUUCAUUGUUGGUUUGGUCAGCUUAGGUUCACGAGUCUCCAGUUUACUGAGGUGCAGUAUUAAACAGAUUUGAGUGGAAAAAAUGGGCCUUAGAGUUGAGAGAACAAACUUUUAAAAUGAUCGAAUCAGACAGAAUAUUUAGGAAUUGAAGGUCUUUGUACUGUAUCAUAUGCUAAAGGGUGAUUUUAAUUGAAGAUCUUAGAACUGUCUCACGAAGUUGUAACAUUCAUUAUGACUUAUGGACUAACUCCCUAAUGUAUUUACACUCAGUGUUCUGUACUGUAACAUAUUUAUGCAUACUUUAAAUGGCACUGAACCCCAUCAGUAUAUGAUGAAUAGUGCCAGAUAGGUAGUGUAAACCAUUUGAUGGCAAGAAAACAUUGAUGCUCUUUAACUGUACUGUUUCGUAGUUGAUGAUUAGAGGGACUUUCGUGUACUUGUAGCCAACAUGUCCUUCAUCUUCAUUGUUUUCCCACUUGUUUCAGGUCUUCACAUGGCUGUCAUUUAAAUAUAUGAAUAUCUCACACCCGCUCCCUCCCUCUUCUGUUUCGACGGCGGUGCAUUAUAGGCACAGAUUAAGUGUAGUGUUAGUGUGGAUAACCCAAACACAUCUAUGCAAACUUUGCUCCAUCAUAACUGUUGGUGCAUGCGUGGCGUGAUGACAGCAGCACUGAUUUCACCUCUGAACGCGCUUAUUGGAGUGGUACGGUGGAAAAAUGGAUUUUGUGCUUCACCAGGUGUUGUACUUGGCACACUUUCAGCAAUAUGUCCUUGCAGCUCACAUCUGGAUGAUAGCAUUAUUUCUCUUUGUUCAGAGGGCUGGAGAUGAUGUGAUGAUUAAAUGAAUCUGACACUAGCUGCUCUUUGCUCUGCAAUAUUGAGAAAAUCCAUUCCUGUCAGGUCCUUUGCAUUUCUGCAUUAAUCCUUGAAUACAUUUCAUUGGGAAUGACUCCACUGAUGCAAACAUUAAAAAAAAAAAAAAAAAGGAAAAAGUGGUUCAGCUGUUUUUCUCCCCAUGCCGUUACGUCUUUAGUGUCUUUAAGUUUACAUGUCACUCUCUCUGGCAAAAGUGAAAUAAAAUCAUAGCUAAUUGAAUUCAUUCCUUCAGAUCUGCAACUGUUGUAUUUAUAAUUAAUGAUGAUAAUGACAUUUGUGAUGAGUAAUAAACCAUAAUAUAUUAAA